AUUCGGUGUUGGGCUGAUGUUAACUUAGUAAGCCUGUUGUUUGUUCUUUGGUUUAGUUUUGUAGUUACCUAGCUAGCUUGCUAACUGGCUAGCUAUAUAUGUAACUGGCUAGUUAGCUAGCUAGCUAGAUCUAAAAACUAAAAAGGUUGUUUGGAAUCUAAUUGGGCCUGUGAUACAGGAGUAAUUACUGGGGUUGAAGGGCAUAAAUACAAAAAACCUCCGUGAUAUAGCUGUAAGCAGAGGGGUCAUCACUCUCGAAAAAGAUAAGCAUGGACUUCGAAAAUGUCCUAUCCAUUGCUACACAAAACCAGGGCCUCAGCAGUGUACCGAAGCGGUACAGUCUGCAAGCGGGCCCUCCAAAGAAAGAUCCCAAAAUGAAAGGUGUGAAGUCAUCUGCUAUCCAGGCUUUCCUGAAAAAGAAAGAGGUGGAGCGGAAGCAGAAAGAGCUGGAAAGCAGGAAGCAGAAAGAGGAGUUGCUAGCAAAACGGGUGGAGCUCAAGUCUGACCGCAAGGCCCGUGCAAUGGCAUCUCGAACAAAGGACAACUUCAAGGGCUACAACGGCAUUCCCGUGGUGGAGCAGCCUAAGAGGAGGCAGGUGAAGAGCGAGAUGGCUGAGGAGUAUCACAAGAGCAUGCCUGUUGGCCAGCACUACACAGACAAACAUGAAUGUGCCCAGUUUGAAUCUGAAUCACGGCCGGUGAAGAAGGCCUCUGAGGUGCCAAGUAAAAACUCCAAGAAGCCCUCUAGCCUAGGCAAGCCUGCCCCACCACCCAUGAACUUCUGUGAGCUCCUGCAACUGGCGGAGAAGAAGCAGUACGAGCCGGUCGAGCUCAAGCCAGUAAAGAAGACUGAAGAGAGAUAUCGCACAGCAGCAGAGCUGAAGGAGCUGGAAAUGGAGCGCAAGGUGAAGAGAGGCACUGAGGCUGGGCUGGAAAAGGAUAGGAAAACACAGGCUGCCUCCAGCUCCUCAAAGAAAAGCAUGUCAGACAAGGAGGUGAGAAAUGAGAAGCCACACAAGAGCUCAACGGAGAAGCCCCUGCCCAGUGGAGUGAAUAAAAAGCCAAAGCCCCACAUGUCCAGUGAAGGGGAACGCUUGGCUGGGUCCACCAAGCCGUCCCAAUCAAACAGACCCAAACAUGCCUCAAGUGGCUCCAGCUCCUCAGGUGCCUUCAGUGGAAAAACCGCUGCCAAACCCAGUUCUCAGGUCCCUGCCAAACAGUUUGCACCCAAACCCUCAUCUGGGCAGAAACCUAGCACCACCAGUGACCUUAACCAAAGGAAAGGGAACUCUUCAUUACCUCCCAAAAAAUCAUCUGGUCUCGGGCCACGCCUCCCUGCCGCCCAUGGUUUGGCCCCAGAAAGAGCAUCGAGCAUGGUCAAAACGAGGCCGGGGAGUAACACACAGGUCAGGCCAGGCCCUGGGCCCUCUGGGAAACCAGGCCCGGCAGCACCUCCAAGACCCACAAAAGGGGAACCAGUGCAACCGGGUAAAGGUUUGCCGACCCGGCCAGGUAGCACUGGACAAAUGCGACCAGCCACAGGUGGUCCCCAGAGGCAAAUGAGCAAUCCUCAGGCCCGACCUGGAGGCAACUCCCAAGUCCACCCUGGUGGCAGUGGUGGGAUCCGACCUAUGUCAAAGGGACCACAGAGGCCAGGUGGCAGCAUUCAGGGGCGACCUGUAAAUGGCACGGGUUUGGGCCCUGGGAGACCCAAGUGCACAGUGGUGUCUGAAACCAUCUCAUCCACUUCAGACUUCACGCCUAGACCCAGGAUGGGACCAAGGCCACCCCCAGGUCACAGACCCAUAAUGCGGCCAGGUCCGCCACUGCCACCAAUCACUUCCAGCUACAAGCGGAAGUACGAGGAUGAGGAGGAUGAUUACGACUCAGAAAUGGAGGAUUUCAUUGACGAUGAAGGGGAAGAGCAGAGUGAAAUCUCCAAGCAUAUCAGGGAAAUCUUUGGCUAUGAUCGGACCAAAUACAAAGAGGAAAGUGACUAUGCACUUAGAUUUAUGGAGAGCAGCUGGAGAGAACAACAGAAAGAGGAGGCCAGGAGCCUGAAGCUGGCUGUGCUUGAGGACCUGGAGGAGGAGCAGCGAGAGCAGGAGGAGCUCAAACAGUGCGCCAAGAAAAAGAAAAGAUAAUGUCUGCCCCAAAGGACAAAGAGCUUAUCUGACAUGGAUGGGAGUGACAUUACAUUGAAGUUGAUGCCACCAGUCACCCUGCAACGCGCCUAUUUUCGCUUACCCUAAUCUUAGUUUACGCAACGGUAUCAGGGAGGCCUUCCGGAUGGAGGAGUGGGAAGAGUGAAGUGACAACAGUGGCGAAAAAGUGGAACAAUUGUGAGAGCCCUUUAAGGAUGAAGGGGUCAGACCAGUCCUCACAGGACUCCUCAGUUACACUAUUUAUUUCCCUGGAAUGAGCUGGUUUGCACUAUUAAAUCUCCAUCGUUUGGCUGCGCCAAAGCAGAGAGAGAAUAUAGUUUGUUAUAUUGGUCCUGUCAUUUUUUUUCUACCGAGAGAAACCUUUUCAGUUUGUAUACAUUUAGGUUCUUUCCUCAGUGAACAGCUGCUGUAUCUCUGUUUCUCAGAUACAGAACACAGAUGCCAUGGCCUUUAGCCUUUGACGUGUUCUAGUUUAAUUAAUACUACUAAUUUAAUCACUGACAGGAGAGAACAUAAUGCUGUGUUAUAUUUUUUUCUUGUUUAAAAGUAUUCGACAGCUCUCAAUUGUUUUCUGGUCUUUAUUUGUCAUCUUGUUGCUUUUUCCAAGCUGAUUUAUCAUGGGGGCCUUACAUGGGUUUCUGCAAAGCACUGGGGUCCAGAAAAGACUAGUAAUUUGUGGACCUCCGCUGGAAACCACCGCUCAUGAACAA